AUGACUGUAAUUGACACCAAUAAAGACCUGUCGGCACUCUUCUCAAGCCAGGCCAAAGCUACGCCAGAUGCUGUAGCUUUAGAAGAUGGCUCUCUUAGCUUGACUUACGCUGAGCUCGAGGCCAAAGUUGAUACCCUUGCCAGUCGCCUCCGUCGCCGAGGCGUUGGUCGCGACAACUUGGUUGGCGUCUUACUGGGUCGAAGCGCCGACUAUGUUAUAUCAUGUCUCGCAGCACUUAGAGCCGGGGGAGCUUUUCUCGUUCUGGAGCUCGCAUACCCCCCCGGACUGCUAGCCGAUGUGCUUGACGAUGCAAGACCCACCGUCGUCAUCACUCACACAGCUUAUGUUGGCCAGAUCAAGAGCACGGUUCCACUCAUCGUGCUUGAUGAACAGGAAUCGGAGAAAACUGAGGACUCUCUACCCAAUGGAUCUUCGAAUGGCCAGGCAGUUCUGCCUGAAGAUGACUUGGAACGCCUCGCUUUCGUGUCAUAUUCUUCAGGCACCACGGGGCGGCCAAAGGGUAUCGCCAACCCCCACCGCGCAGCUGUUCGGUCGUACGAUUUGAGGUUCGGGCUCAGUGACCUUAAGCCUGGUGACCGCGUGGCAUGCAAUGUAUUUUUCGUGUGGGAGAUUCUACGGCCGCUACUUCGAGGGGCUACUGUAGUUACGGUACCGGAUGAGAUGAGCUACGAUCCUGUGGCUCUUGUUGAGUUGCUACGAUCAAAAUGUAUCACCGAAACUCUUAUGACACCAACCUUGCUUGCUACAGUCUUGGGACGGCAUUCAAACUUCGGCUCUCGUCUGAAGGAUUUACGAACUUUGUGGCUCAAUGGUGAAGUCGUGACAACUGAUUUAGCACGAAGAGGACUCAAAGCACUUCCUAACGCACGUCUCCUCAAUGUCUACAGUGCUAGCGAAACCCAUGAGAUAGCUUGUGGCGAUAUCAGGGAAAUGCUUGAUGAAGAAGCUCAGGUUGUUCCCGUGGGUCCUCCAUUAGAUCCUAAGCAUGCUUAUAUCGUUGAUGAGGAAGGUAACAGGGUUGGGACAGGCGUGAGCGGUGAACUAAUAAUAGGAGGUGACCUCUUAGCCCGAGGAUACCUUAACUUACCAGAAACCACAGCAAAGGCGUUUAUUCCGGACCCAUUCGACCCUAUACCUGGGGCGCGAAUGUAUAAAACAGGUGAUACAGCCCGUAUGCUCCCAUCUGGCCUUCUUGAGAUUACAGGACGCGUGGGUUCUAUGAUCAAAAUUCGGGGAUAUAGUGUACAACCAGGAGCUGUUGAGCAUGCGAUUGUGACGCAUCUAGCGUUCAGACAGUGUACUAUUGUACCCCACGGCGAAGGUCUGGACCGACAGCUGGUUGCAUAUGUAGUUACGGACCCCGAUGUAACGCAAGACCGGCCAGCUGUAUCUAUCGAUGAUGCCGGCUUCAGUCCAUCAGCUAGACGAAUCCUGUCGGCGCAUUUAGCACACUACAUGAUUCCGGCUCUCUGGAUCCCGAUGGAUGAACUCCCAACCCACGAAGUGUCCGGGAAAGUUGAUAUGAAGCGUCUUCCUUCACCAACCCGUGCUCGGAGUCCAGCUAAAGCACAGGUGGACGGAGAAGACACGGAUCAAAAGAUUACACUGAAAGACAUUGCCAAAGUUUGGGCUUCGGUUCUAAACAUACCCUACGAAACUGUGAUACAGCAAGAACACGGCUUCUUCGAUCUAGGAGGACAUAGUUUGGCACUUGUGGAACUCAUCACGAGACUAAGCGGUACUUAUGGCUUUCCAGUUCCUCUUGCUCGACUGGCCGGGAAUCCAACCCUCCAGGGACACCUAGAGGUUGUGCGGGAUGCACGCGAUGGCCAUACAGCUGCAGUACAGGCUGACUUGCCACGUGUUCUGGAGACUGACUCUAUUCUCCCCUCGGAAUUUCAACCAGAGUCAACUAGAACGAAACGGCUCAGCGAAGCGGAAACCGUACUACUGACUGGUACAACUGGAUAUUUAGGAGCUUUCCUACUGCAUGCUUUGAUAGAAACGACAACUGCGCGCAUCGUCUGUCUCGUGCGUUUCACCGACAUAUCCCGGGAUAGUAAUGAGGCUGCUGGCAUGGCUCGUGUUCGCAGCAAUCUCUUAGAUCUGGGAUUAUGGAAUGAUUGUAUGCUCGAGCGUAUCGAGAUUCUCCCAGCAAAUCUGUCGAGGACACGUCUCGGCUUGUCAUCAGAAGAUUUCGAUGAUCUAGCUUCACGCAUACAAGUCAUUAUCCAUUCCGCCGCAACAGUGAAUCUCGUCUACCCCUACGCAGCCAUGCGUGGCGCCAACGUUAUUGGGACUAGAGAAAUAGUGCGGCUCGCUUGCAAGGCCGGCGCAACUGUUCACCACAUUUCCACAAAUGGUGUUCUCCCCAACUCUGUGGAGGGUUGGGAUGAAGAUGCCAUGGUAGCCAUAAAGGACGUCCCAGAAAAGCUACUCGACGGGUACGGUCAGACGAAAUGGGUUGCAGAACAACUUGUGCUUGCAGCUGCAGAGCGUGGCCUCCCAGCACGAAUUUACCGUCCAGGAACGAUCAGUGGGCAUAGCACAUCUGGCUCAUCCAAUACCUAUGAUCUCCUGAACGCAUUGGUUGUCGAGUCGCUUCAGCUAGGGCACGCCCCAAAUGUUGACGGGUGGUAUGCGGAGAUGACGCCGGCUGAUUUUGUCAGCAAGGCAAUACUUUCAAUAGCUGAUAAUGCAGACACGAAGCAACGUGUUGUCCACCUGGGUGAUCCGAACCCCCUCCCUACGAAGGAGCUUUUUAGCAUUCUUGGUGAGCUAGGAUACCCUACUAAACCCCUCGACUGGGAGGCUUGGGUUGCCCUAUGGAACGGGCAAAGAGGUUCUGGAUCCGGAAACAAGAUCUUCACCGUUGACAUUCUUCGCCGUGGUAUGCCCACGAUUGAAGGGUUGAAGUGGGUUACCGUACUUAAAGACACGGCAACUGCCCCUCUGCUCGCCAAGUCAGGACUUGAACGACCGAAGAUCGAUAUUAAGCUGUUCGAGACCUACACUCGUCACUUCUGCGCUAGGGGCUGGCUACCACGCCCGCCGCGCCGCCAAGAUGCUGCUUCGUCCGCUCGGGUUACCAAGAAAGGACCGUUGGCCGGUCGUGUCGCUGUUGUCACGGGUGCGUCUUCAGGUAUCGGUGCUGCAGUCGCCACUGCAUUAGCGCAGGAAGGCGCACAUAUCGCGAUCGCAGCUCGUCGAACCGAUGCCCUUGAAUCCCUCAAGAAGAAGAUUUCUGCGUCUGGGGUAAAAGUCCUGGUACACAAGACCGAUGUAACGCAGAAGUCCGAAGUAGAGUCUCUCAUGCGCGAGACAGCUGAGCAGCUUGGACCCAUCGAUAUCCUAGUCUCCUGUGCGGGUGUCAUGUACUUCACGAUGAUGGCGAACGUGCAUACUGACGAGUGGGAGCGCACGGUCGACGUCAACUGCAAGGGUCUCCUGCACUGCCUCUCCUCCGUUGUUCCCGGCAUGCUGGCCCGCGAGUCUGGACACAUCGUUGCCAUUUCGUCGGACGCGGGCAGGAAGGUGUUCCCGGGCCUGGGCGUGUACUCGGCGAGCAAGUUCUUCGUCGAGGCUACGCUACAGUCUCUGCGCCUCGAGACCGCGGGCACCGGCCUCCGCGUCACGUCCGUGCAGCCUGGAAACACGGCCACCGAGCUCCUGGGCAUGUCCACGGAUCAAGAAGCUAUCAAGAAAUACGGCGAGCCGUCUGGUGCCAAGGUCCUUGAUGCCGACGAUGUCGCUCGCUCUAUCGUAUACGCUCUUCGUCAGCCCGCUCAUGUCGCUGUUAACGAGGUGUUGAUUGAGCCGCGAGAUGAGCCUAUCUAG